AUGGGGGAGCCAACGUCGGCCAAACAUCACGGUCUGGGCAUUUUGGAUAGCAAGGACUGGGACGAGAUCAGACACUUGGACUGGGACGAGAAACAGUCAUGGAAAGCAUCAUUCGCGGACUGGAAACCAGCAUCACCAAGGAUGCUGCAAUCACCAAAGGCAAGCUGGGCGCUCAGACGACUGAAGGCUGUCGUCUGGCCCAAAGCAAAGUCAGCCGCCCCAACAGAGGCACUGCGCAAAACAGCCUACCUCGAUGGCAUCAGAGGCUUCGCCGCAUUUCUGGUGUACUGGCAGCACCACGAGCUCUGGGCCCACACGCCCCAAGAAAACCACAUGUUUGAAAACGCAUUUGGCUUCGAGGGCCAUCACCGCUUUGCUAGCUUUCAUGGAAUACGCCUUUUCUUCAAUGGCGGCCACUUCGCCGUCGCCAACUUCUUCAUAAUAUCAGGCUAUGUCCUGUCCGUUAAGCCUCUGAGCCUGAUCCAGGCUGGCGACCAGGCCAAGCUCGCCGACAAUUUGGGCUCUGCCUUGUUCAGGAGGUGGAUGCGUCUAUACAUACCACUCAUUUGCACGACCUUUCUAUACAUGCUAACGUGGCAUGCCUUCGGUGGCCUCUGGAUCCACGGAGCCAAGAAGCAGAGCAACAUGCGGGACGAGAUUUGGUGGUGGUACGCAGAGCUCAAGAACUUCAGCUUCAUCUUCAACAUGGGCGGCGAGCCGUGGUUCACGUACAACUUUCACCUCUGGAGCAUCCCCGUCGAGAUGAAGGGGUCGAUAGCGGUGUACACAUCACUGCUUGCCCUAUCUCGGGCGACGACAAAGGCGAGAUUGUGGUGCCUCGCGGGUCUCAUGUUCUACUUCAUGUAUAUCUGCGACGGUUGGUACUGCAGCUUCUUCAUGAUGGGAGUCUUCCUUGCGGACCUAGAUCUGCUCUCGGCGAAGGGCCAGCUCCCGAGAUUUCUUGCCAGGCUGGCCCCAUACAAAGAGUUCAUCUACUACCACCUCUUGGUUGUGGCCAUGUACCUGGGCGGUAUACCCUCCCAGACAACAGACGUGGAACUCCUACGCAAAAACAGGGGAUGGUAUUACCUCUCCUUCCUCAAGCCGCAGGCCGCCUUUGACUACAAGUGGUUCUACCUCUUCUUCGCUGCGUCCUUCCUUAUCUCAGCCGUGCCUCGUAUACACUGGUUGAAGCGCUUCUUCGAGUCGCGCUUUUGUCAGUACCUGGGACGGGUAUCCUACUCGCUCUACCUCGUCCAUGGACCGGUACUUUGGACGCUGGGAGACAGGAUCUACACCGCGGUGGGCUGGGUCGGGGCCAAUGGCAUCGAGCAGGCACAGAACAUUCCACAGUGGGUCAACAGGCUCCCACUACCUAUGGUGGGGCCCAUGGGGCUGGAGGUGGCCUUCCUGCUACCGCAUCUGGUGUUGCUGCCGGUCACGUUCUGGUGCGCAGAGAUGGUCACGAGGUUUAUCGACGAGCCGGCAGUCAAGUUUGCGCAAGCUUUCUACAAGAGGACGCUGGGUCCGGCAGACGCAAGUGCGCCUGGCCCUGAGACGAGAGUUACGCCGGGACUUCCGCCAAAGACGCCAAAGCUGGAAGCAUGA